AAUUCUAAAGUUCUAUGGAUUAUGCUGGAGUCCAGGGCUGAGAAGGAGUCUUCUUAGGACUCAGGUCUGCAAUGGAUUAUGGUCCCUGAGUGGAGUCCUCCAGUUCUACAUAAUAGCCAGUCCCUAUCACAUCCUCCCUGGCCAGAGCGACAGGGCCUGAAGGGCAAUGUGCUGGUUGCGGGCAUGGGGCCAGAUAUUCCUGCCAAUUUUUCUCUCCCUUUUUCUCAUCCAACUUCUUAGCAACGUUUCAGAUAAGGGAUUUCCCCACUUCCACAGCCACAGGAACUGGAAAGAAAAACAAUAUUCAGUCGAAGAUGCAUGUUCUCAACAGAAAAAUUGUCAGUCGUGCACACAGGAUAAGAAAUGUGUUUGGUGCAAUGAAGACAGGAUCUGCAAAAAAUAUUGUUUUCCACAUCUUCAUUGUCGAAUCAGUGCUGCCUAUUGGACAAACUGUAAAAUUGAUGUGUUUGGAAUCCUGAUGCUUGCCCUUAUUGCAGUAUUAGUUGUAAUGCUCCUGUGGUACUGCUGUGCCUAUCACCUUUAUAUGCAACAACGUCAAGCCUAUUUAUAUGGAAGAAAUGAACCAAUUCAUGUUCACAACUGGGAUGCUGGAUUCGAGGAAUAGAAAAUUAAAAAGACAAGUCUUCCAGAGAGAGGAGGAGGAAGUUUCCUCUAUGAAUUUGAGGGGCGUAACCUCUCGUGUUUCUGCUAGUGCUUUGCUCCAUCGUUAUUAAUCAUCCUCAC